AAGGUGGGCGGAGCCAACUACGAGGAAACGGUACAGUUGGCUGAAUGUACCAAGAAAGCCGGCGACGAGAAUCGGUACCCGGCAGUUUCAUCGUACAGCUGCCGCGCCUUCCAGCUCACCGUUACUAAUAUAGCAAUCAGACAAGAUAUAUAUCUUGAAAGGAAAAAAAUACAUCCAUCGUUCAACAAAUAAAUCAGCAUUCAGCUGCAUAUACACCAAGCAACAUUUGCAUGCUCUAUUUGCUAGAAAUAGCAGCGAAGGGCUCAGAGGUUAACGCUACGCUUUUAGAUAGCCGCUUGCAGGAUGGAGACGCAGAUACAUGUGCCCGUUGGGUCGCCUGUUAUAAGAAAAAUACCCAUUUUCGUGGACGAACACAACGUGACGGAGGGGGCGAUGAAGCUUAUUAAAGAGCUGAGACCGGCAUGGGACACCAGACUUGUCAACACCAAGCUCUUCACUGAUGGACUUACUAACAAAUUGGUCGGCUACUACGUGGAUGACAGCCCAGAGGAUGUGGUCCUGGUCCGAGUGUAUGGGAACAAGACAGAGCUGAUUGUGGACAGAGACAAUGAGCUCAAAAGCUUUCAGGUGUUAUAUGCUAAUGGUUGUGCUCCCCGCCUCUACUGCACCUUUCAGAAUGGCAUCUGCUAUGAGUUCAUGCAGGGGGAUGCUCUCGGAACACAGGAUGUCAGGGAUCCUGCCCUACUCAGACUGAUAGCCAGGGAGAUGGCCCGUAUCCAUGCAAUCCAUGCACACAACGGCUGCAUUCCCAAACCCAACCUUUGGAUCAAGAUGAGAAAAUACUUCUCCCUUGUAGCCACAGAGUUCACUGAGCAAGCCUCCAACAUCAGAAUCCAGCAGGAGGUUCCCAGCCAAGCAGUGCUGGAGCAGGAGAUGGUGUGGAUGAAGGAGCAUCUCUCCACACUUGGCUCCCCUGUGGUGCUCUGCCACAAUGACCUUCUCUGUAAGAACAUCAUCUACAACAGCAAAGAGGGUCAUGUGCGCUUCAUAGACUACGAAUACUCCAGCUACAACUACCAGGCUUUUGACAUCGGCAACCACUUCAAUGAAUUUGCAGGCAUGAGUGAGCUGAACUAUGGGCUGUACCCCAGUCGGGAGAUGCAGAUGGACUGGCUCACAGUGUACCUGCAGGCGUACAAACUCUUCACCAAGAAAACUGAGGAGGUUAGCCCUCGAGAGCUGGAGACGCUCUAUGUACAGGUCAACAAGUUUGCUCUGGCUUCUCACCUCUUUUGGGGCUUCUGGGCACUCAUCCAGGCCAAAUACUCCUCCAUCGACUUUGACUUCCUCGGGUAUGCUGUGCUACGAUUCAACCAGUACUUCAAGACCAAACCUGCAGUGAUGGCCCUGCAGAUCCCAGAAUGAGACAAGACAAAGAAAGAGAGGAGGGAGUGUGUAACAGGUUAUAUACUGGGACUACUGGGACUUCAUCUAGGUUGGGAACUCUUCUGUCAGAGCCAGCCUCUUAUGGACCACUGUGUGGUCCACCUGGCAUCCUUCUCUAAAACAAACGCCAUUAACCCUUUCAUUCCUCCAGUCAUACCUCCAUGUCUAUCCUGGCUCCAGCUUAAGAAAACUUCCAGACUUCUCUGUGUGUGAGUGUAUGUUUGUGUGUCUGUGCUGUUAAUUUAUCCUGAUGGACCUGACAUCUAGCUUUCCCUCUUAGGGCAGCUGACGCAGACAUAAUGAAACAGAGCAGUUUAGGGUGGAGUUCACCGACUUAAAGCCUCACACGGUCACACUGGCGCCAUAAUGUUCCAAAAUGCUAGUAAUGAAGGUCAAAACACAGACAAGACUGUUUGGGUUUGAUGCUGACAGUGAGAGAUUGUACUCUGUUUUUUGUGCACUGUAUCUAUGGCUCAAUGCCAUGGCCUCAUUGUAUAUCGGAUGUGUGCAGUGAGACCAUUCCUCAUGUAGAGAUAUUUUAAGUUCGGACCUGCGUGAUCCUCAUUUUUCCCAUAAACCGUAUUUGGUGCUAAGGGCUCAUAGAUGAGAUGAGAUAUUUGCACUGCACUUCCCAGAGAUCACCUGUUCAUUGUACGCUGUAGGUGGCACUGUAUCAUCUCUUUCUCUGGACUGGUGCAGUUUGAGUUUAUGUCACUUCCUCUUCUAGUUAUUCCAGGCAUAUUGCUGCUGCUGUGUGCUAGUGGACUUUGGACUUGGACGCUGAGUAUGUUGGACAUGUCCAUUUGUUUGGGUGAAGACAGUGUGGCUUUUUAAACGCCUCAGGCUAACAGCUCUUCAGUUUGGGUUGCUGUAGUAGGUGGUGUUUACUUAGAAUUAGGAAGUGAAGCUGGAGGGGAUAUAGAUGUCUCUUUAAAAGAGGGAAGCUGCGUAAAUGUCUGUGUGCAUUUCUGCUCUCACACUGUCUUUCCACCUUCUUGACUUUUAUGGUUAUAAUAAAUCGCUCGGUUAAACUUUCCUGUUAAACUUUCCGGACCUCUCGGAAAAUCAUGACCCCCAUCACCCUGGCCCCUCCUUUUGCUUUUACGCUCUCCUUUGACAUUUCCGUCUUCACGUUGCUGUCUCUUUAUCUUCUCCCAUCCCAGUUUUGUAUCAUAUCUCCCUUUAUCUGUGGAGAUUGAGGCAGUUAUAACAGGUUCCACAGGGCAUCUUAACAUUAAUGGCCAGUGGAACAGGUGUGAGCCUGUAUUAAUAUUUUCCCAUUCUCUUUCCAGUUUCAGAGCCAAGUUUUGUAACAUAAUCAGCCAUUGCAUAAUGUGUAUCUGGGGUCAAAUCAAGUUUAGCUUUAAAAAGAGACAGGAGUGGGAUAUGUGGAACUGUCGCACAGGAUCACCUAUUACAUGGAUGGAAAAAUCAUCUGCCUGUUAGUCAUCUUUACCUUAGUCUUUUCAGGAAGGAUGAGUAAAUCCUCACUGAAAAUUGCUAGAAACCUUAAAGGGGAAUUUCUUCACAAUUUCUGCUUAUGAAAUGGCUGUAAUGAUUAUGUCAAUAAAUUUUUUGUCACUCGACAAAUCUGUUUAACAUUGCAAUUCUGCUUUCCUGCAGAGCCACCAAAGACAUUAUACGACUGUGUAAAAUCUGUGGCGUGCCCCUUUUAAUGCGUGCUAUUGGUCUACUUAGUCUUUUUUGUCCCCACUAGUUAAGAGAAUUAACAGAUUUAAUUAGACAUUAGCAGUUUCUGCAUAUGAUGUAGAAAGAUCUUAGUCUUAGGCUUGUUGAAGACAUGCUGAUGCUAAAUAGUCUCUCUGCAAAGUGACAGACAUUUCCCUGUCUGAAUGUGAGACAAGGAUUCACUCCUCCUCCCCAUAACUGAUUGCAGUCAUUAUCUGAUCAGACUGAACUGGUAAAUACAUUUAUUAAUAUUCUGAAGCUGCUCAUUUGUGCCAGACUCCAGAAAUGGGAUGCGUCUUCACUCUCACUCACUCUCUCACACACACUCGUCUUGAUAUUUAACCCCUCACUGACCCAGCAGGGGGAAACCCUGAGCUCUGACCUUUGUCUUCCACUGUAGAUCUCAUGUAACUGACAGGUUGAAUAAUUUACCAUGUGAGCAGCAGCCCUUCAGAACAGAGACUGAGUGUUGUUGAUGGUAAUCAGUCAGGACAGUUAACCUGAGUGAUGACACAAGAGAUUUGAAAGGGAUUACAUUUGUGUCUGGAAUGUGUCGGUGGUUCUUGUCCAUAGAUGUGAUGAUCUGAGCCUUCAGAAUGUGAAAUAUGACUUGUACUCAUAUGAUGAUCCAUAUUUUAGAGCAUAAAUCUACUAGUGAAUUUGUCUUGGAAAACAGUAGUGCAAUUUUCAUUUGAGAAUAACCAAGAACCACUUUUUGGGGAACUACUGUAAUACUGGAGUAACCUGCUUAGUAGGUUUGCAGUCAAAGGCCACAUUAGUGAGCUUGCUGCUUGAAAGCACAGUCCUAAUACACUGGUAGGAAUUCAGCCUAGAUUAAACAGGCAUUUUCAUUUCAUGAGCACUGAAAGAAUUUCUCCAUUCACUAAACAGAAGGCACUGACCCUGUGUGGCGCUCGUGUGUUGACACAGUUUAGGACUUCUGAAUGGAAAAGUUGGGGUGGCUUUAUUAUGCUUCCUCUGAAAUGGUACCUAGUAGGUGCUAAUGAUGAAGGCUAGCGCUAAAUGUAGAGCUGAACUGGAAACGCGUUCCACACAGAGCUGAGGUUGCCCAAAAACCCCGUUCAGGAGUGCACUAAUAUUUUAGCAGCUGUACCUGUUGGUCACCUUACCCAUUGUGUUGUUUGGAACCAAAAUAUUCUUUGUGUUACUGAUGUUUAAUUUACUGUGUAUCUAAAGGCUUCAGCAUGCUUCAUGGAUUGCAUCCUUGCACCUUCUUAGAGAGUCAUCCAUGUCUGAAAGAAACGAUGACCCACAAAAUGUUUUCUGUAUGUUAAAGGCACAGUGUGUUGUCAAAUGUGGCCCCUGCCAUUAAAAGUCAAAUCUUAAGCCUGGACCCUAGUAUCACAGUCAAAAUGACUGACAUGUUUUUGAAGAGUAACUUAAUAGCAGUCUGACGUGGCUCCUCUUGUGGAGUCUGUUGCACCACCUUGCAUCUGUAACCAUGCCUUAUAAUGAUUACUCACACACCCAGGAGUACAAGUCUACAUCACUGCAGCAAGGUGAGAGGUUUAACCACUAGAGGUCAAGUUACUCUGUAAAUACACAAACUAAAGUCAAUAAUUUCACAGAACAAUUUCAGCUUGAGAUGCCCUUAACUAGCUUUUCCAGAGCUUUUUGUCAAGUCACUGUCUUCAUCAGCAGGAUGGAGUUUGCUCAGUUGUCACUGAUAUGGAUCUGUUUAGAUCUCUUGUCUGGAAAAGGUAGUUAACGGACCUUGGGUUAGGAUUUCUCUGUCAGAUUAAUAUUUCUGAGACUUUUAGGAUUUUUAUCUGCCAACUCCUAAGUUAGGUGUGGAGUAAUAUAGUACCUACAAGUGUAUAUGGUUGAAAAAGUUAUUGAUUGAGCCUUUAAAUAUCCAAAGGUGGAUCCGUCCUACAUGUUUUAGUAGUAACCUGUGUUCACCAGUUAACUAAAGGUUUUGUAAUAUUGCCUGCAUUGACAGUAAAGUCUGAUAUUUCUUUGUUUUAUCUAUACCGCUUAUUCCUGAAUAGGGUCACGGGGGUGGAGCCAGUCCCAGCUGACACUGGGCGAGCGGCAAGGUCCACCCUGGACAGGUUCAGUAAUGGGUCCAUAGAUUGAAAACAGUGAGGAGUUUAAACACAUAUUUUGAAUCAUUCACACUUGGUAACAUGCCUAGAAAUUCAUUUUUGACAGUUUUCUCCUUACGUCACACACUGUGCAACAUGACAAAGAAAUUGGUGACAAAAUUCCAUUAAGUUACUAAAAGUGUUUAAAGACCAAUACAUAGAUUUAUCAGCUUUUGUGUGCCAGACAGGUUGCAUAAUUCUUUUUCUGUUGGGCCUUUUAGGGUCCUUUAAACAGUUUUUCUGGUUUGUUUAUUGAGUCUGAUUUAAAAUGAUUUAACAGUUGU